CACAACUGCGCACGCGACCAAUGGAGACUCAACCACCACGAAACACAUGGCCAGGGUCACUUCGGCUUCCAUCUCCAAAUCCAUCUUCCAGAUGUANCCACCAACCAUCUUGUCGACGUGUUCACGAAUCUCGCUCAGGCCAACAACAGUGUGCUCAACUAUGUCAUUCCUAUCAGUGACAAUGGCGGUAGCUCUAGCGAGCUGAUACGAGUAUUUGGCGGUCCUGGUAUAUUGGUCCGUCUAAUCCCUGACAACGGUGACCCUCACUCCGAAGCCGCGUCCAUCAAAGCACUUUUCAACCAUCGUCUACCACCAAAUCCCAAAGAAGCACGUCUAGAAUGGCUGGAAAUAGUCGAGUCUCUGCAUCCACUGUGGCAGCAGAUCUCUACACCCAAGAAGGAGCUCAUCAGGAGUUUCUUAAACUUGGUGAAUCAAGAGAUUGUGAAAAGAAUGAGACCAAGCUCUAGAUUCGACUUCUCGUCUGCGAGUAUUGGCAAUUUGUUCUUGACUGGCUUAGAAUCAGCAAUCUACCUCCUCAGCAGCGUCUGCAACGUGCCAACAAGCAUAACCGUGCUCCCCGCCAUAAACACAAACUUCUCGCACCACAUCUCCGUCUCUUUGGCAGAUGGCACGCACAUCACAGGCCAAAACAACAUUUCUCACCCGUUAGCUCCUUCCUCUCUUCCCGACCUCCAAGCCCCACCCUCACCAACCCGCAUCCGCCGCGAAACAGAAGAACAAGACAAUGUCGAAGAUGCAAACCUACCUGGCUCCUUACCCUCCCUCCGCCGCCCCGCCAUAAACUUUUCAAAACUCCAAGAAGAGGAUUUGCCGGCUAGGAUCGAACGGUUAUGGUACAUAAACCCUUACGGCCAGGAAAUGAGUUGUCCCGCAAACCCGCGCGUGUUGGAUGCCCUUGCAAACUCUUCAACAGUGAUUUACAGCAUUGGUUCGCUAUUCACCAGUAUCAUACCGAGUAUAAUACUCAGGGGUGUGGGUAAUGCGAUUGCUGCUCCAAACGUCCGUAACAAGAUUUUAUUGCUCAACAGCAGUAUUGAUAGAGAAACCGGACCCAGCGCAACGCCAUUCACGGCUAUGGAUUUCGUGGCUGCGAUUGCGAAUGCGUGUGCGGAGAGUAGAGGAUUACCUCCGCCACAGCUGGCAGAGUAUGGGGUGUAUGUUACUCAUCUCGUCUAUAUGGAGAACAAGGAAUCGCCCAAGGUGGACAGAGACGAAUUGGCUAAGGCAGGGAUUGAGGGAAUCAGACUUUAUGGCUUGAGUGGGAAGUAUGAUGAUCGAGCCCUGGAGCAAGCGUUGAAGAUGGUCUUGGGCAAGGGUGAACAAGGCAAUGGUCUCAGCAGAAGGAAUACUCUGCAAAGA